GAGAGACGUGUUGUGUUGUCAUAUUUGAGGAAGAUGUCAGCGCACGAUCACCUGUCUCUCUGUCUGUGCGAUUUAAUUAGGUUACUGUGGUCACUGCUGUUACCAUGCUUCUAUCUGAGUCUUGUCCUGACAGCCAUCCUCUUCCUCUUCAUCAUGGGAGUGAGAACCUGGCUGCAGAUGAAGAGGAAGAGCAGGAGAGCUCAGGACGGCCGGCCCGCCGUGGCCUUCUUCCACCCGUACUGCAAUGCAGGGGGAGGAGGAGAGAGAGUGCUGUGGUGUGCUUUACAUGCUCUUCAAAACAGGUACCAAGAUGUUUCCUUCGUGGUUUACACAGGUGAUCAGGGCGUGACAGCAGAAGAGAUUUUAGAUGGAGCGUGGCGGCGCUUCAACAUCAGACUCCCCCGAGCCGUUAAGUUUGUGUUCCUGAAACAUCGUCUCCUGGUGGAGGCAAAACUGUACCCACACUUCACCCUUCUGGGGCAGAGCGUGGGCUCCAUCUUCCUGGGGUGGGAGGCCUUGACUGAGUUUGUUCCAGACCUCUACAUUGACUCAGUGGGCUAUGCCUUCACCCUGCCUGUAUUCCGUUAUCUGGGUGGUUGUCAUGUGGGAAGCUAUGUGCACUACCCAACCAUCAGCACUGAUAUGCUCUCAGUGGUUCGAGAAAGAAACCCAAGGUUCAAUAAUGCAGACUACAUCUCCAGUAACCCUGUACUAAGUGCCAUCAAAGUGGUUUACUACUGUGUCUUCGCACUGCUGUACGGCCUGGCUGGCUCCUGUAGUGACGUAGUCAUGGUAAAUUCCACCUGGACAUUAGGUCACAUUCUGGCUCUGUGGCACGCUCCGAACCGCACCAGUGUGGUCUAUCCACCAUGUGACGUUCAGGCCUUCCUGGAUGUCCCUAUUAGGGACGAGGAUGAAGAGAAAGAGAGAAAGAAGUGUCACUCUGUGGUCUCCGUGGGUCAGUUCCGGCCUGAAAAAGACCACCGGCUGCAGAUCAAGGCUUUUAGAAAGCUUCUGGACAGGAAGGGGGUGGAGCCUGCUGGGCAAGAGACCGUGAAGCUGGUGUUGAUUGGUGGAUGUCGUAACCAGGAAGAUGAAGAGAGGGUACAGAUGCUGCGGGGAUUGUGUCUGGAUCUGGAUGUGGCAGAUAAGGUGGAGUUUAAACUCAAUAUCCCAUUUGAGGAACUGAAGAAAGAUUUAACAGAUGCCACGAUCGGGUUGCACACAAUGUGGAAUGAACAUUUCGGUAUUGAUUAA